AUCCAGCCGAAGGUGGUCCUGGCUUCCAAAGGGUGCUACUGAUUUGGAGAACAGUUGAAGAUGAACUGCUUCUGCCUCUCAAUUAUGAUCUGGAGGCACCGCGCCUGGCUGCUAGCAGCCAUCUUACUACUUUUGCUGCUACUUCUCCAACAGCUGACCAAACAAGAAAUUCUCCACCGCAACCUUGGGGAAGAAUUCUUGAGCUUGCAACAGAAGACUACUUCUACUCACACCAUGGCUGUUGGGCAAGGAACAAGAAAACCUGUCCCAGAGGAGACAGGAGGCCUCAACGUUGUUUUCCUGAAGACCCACAAAACAGGUAGCAGCACAGUGCAAAACAUACUUUUUCGGGCCACUGAGCGGCGCAACCUGACCGUGGCUUUGCCCCUCUACUCCUACCAGUUUGCCUACCCAGAGCGUUUCUCUAGAGCAUUUGUAGAAGACCUUCCACCUGGGAGAGCUCACUUCAACCUGCUCUGCAGCCACAUGAGACUGGACAUUGGAGAAGUAAGGACCGUCAUGCCUGCCCACAGCACGUACCUCACCAUCUUACGCCAUCCAGUGCAGACUUUUGAAUCUGUCUUCCACUACUACCUCAAUAUGGUGCCUGCCUUCCAGCUACUGGCCAACCACUCAAGGCCCCUGUUUGCUUUCCUUGAGGCGUCAGCUCAGUACUACAAUGCUCAGGAUGCCAGCAAUGGUCUGGCCAAGAACCCCAUGGCCUUCGACCUGGGCCUGAAUCCCAGGCAGAAGGAAGCAGCCAGCAGCCAGUGGUUGAAAGAUCUUGAGAAGCUCAACCAGACUUUUCAUCUGGUGAUGAUUGCAGAGCACUUUGAUGAGUCCCUGCUCCUGGCACGGGAGUUGUUAGGACUGGACAUGGAGGAGCUGGUCUACGUCAAGUUAAAUGUCCGUCAUAAGGAAGGGGAGCCUCUCUCGAAGGAGUUGGCCCAGAAGAUCCAGGCUUGGAACUGGUUUGACAUGCAACUCUACAAGUUUUUUCAAAGGGUUUUCUGGCACAAAGUGGAGUGUUAUGGCUACAUGCGCAUGAAGCAAGAGCUGGAUGCUUUCCGGGCCCUCCUACAGGAGACAGUGGCCAGGUGCCUGGCAGAAGAUUCGGUUAAACCAGGGGACAUGGCUGAUGCCCUGAGGCCUUGGCAGCCAGGCAGUGUCACUAUUCUGGGCUACCGUCUGAAGCAGAAUCUCACCUAUGCCCAGUACAGCAGCUGCUUCCGCAUGGUCUUGCCUGAACUCCAGUAUCAUGCUUACCUCUAUUACAAACAGUAUGGAAAGGACAUGCGUCCACUCCCUACCACAUAGUGAGGGUACCACCCAGAUGAUAUUUGGGGGACAGAGAACAAGUCUUACUCACUUGCCACAUCCUCCACUCCUUGACCUUAGGAAGUAAAGUCAUUUCAGGCUCUGUAAAACAAACUGGAUAGGGGGGGAAGGUCAAAUUACAAUCCUUUUUCUGCAUGGAUGGGAAAUUGCCUGAGAAUUCAGAAUGGGUCAGAGCCAGGAUAGAUACCUUUUUAUCUUGCAUCUCAUCUCUUUCAAUGGGAAAACAGGCAAGAUUUUUGUUCCUAGUCUUCACAUCCUUUCUGCCUUUCCUUUGUGCUUUCUAGCAAUGGAGCAUACACCUACUGGGCCCUUUCCCAUCCACCCACUUUGCGGCACCAUGAGAAUGUAAUUCAGAGCACCAUGAGUUAUUUAGUUAUUGUGUGCCUUCAAGUCGUUUCGGACUUAUGGUGACCCUAAUACAACCCUAUCAAGGGGUUUUCUUGGCAAGAUUGUUUUGCUUUUGCCUCCCUCUGAGGCUGAG